AUGACUAAGGCAAAAUCUGGGGAAGGUGUGUGUGUGACUUGGUCAUCCUUUAGUCCCCAGCCGCAUGCCCAAGUCACACAACCAGAGGAAGAAGCUUGGACGAGGCUCUCCUCCCCCAACUCACUCGAGGCUUUGAGAUGUCGUUUCGGGAUAUCCGAGGCGGUGGAAUUCGUCCUUCCAGAAAAGAAUGACCGAGCUGACAAACCUCCUGAGAAUCACUUUACUCUGUACGAGGCGUUCUUCGAGCUUUGUUUUCUCUGGUUUCCGAUCCCCGGAGUUAUCUUCGAGUACCUCUGGAAACAUGGAAUCUCGAUCGGGCAGAUUAUGCCGAGGGGUUUGCGACACAUGAUCGGCAUUCUGAUUCGAAGUUUUGAAUGUGGGCUCAACAUUGAGCUGGAUCAUCUGCUAAACUUGUUUGAGAUCAGAAAAGCUCCGAAGGGAGAUAGAUUUUAUAUCUCCAACAAGUCCAAUCGCCAGAUCAUAGUUCGGAGCAUUCUUCCCCCAAUUCCCGAUGACCUCUUCGUUGUUCGAGAUUCUCUUGCGGCUCGGAGAGUUAAUUGGAGGAAGCACUUUACAUUUGAGAGAGUGGAAAGAGCGCGAGCCAUUCUUGCCGGAGUACCUGUUAGCUCUUCGUCUUCAAAUUCUUCAGGGGAUACAAGGGAGAAAAUGGUGAUCAUCACUCUUAGAGACAGAAAGAGGCGUGAAGAAGAAGAGCCUGCGAAACGAGCCGCUGAGGCGGCUCAAACGGAGGUCGAGGCUGUCCCUCAAGAUGAUCCGCCGAGCUGUGAAGGUGAAGGCGCGGUCCGAGCUGUGGAGGUGAACGUCGCCGAGGUGAACGAGAAAGAAGUGGCGCCCGAGGUGGAACCGGGCGAAAUUAUUCCCGAGGCGCCCAAAGACGACUCUGCGGCGCGGAGUAAAACUCCUUCCAACUCUGCUAUUUUGGCUCUUCCGAAGUUCUCGAGGCCCCUGGGUUCGCAUCUACAGAAGCACAAUUCUGGUCGAAAACGUUCGGUCGCUGAUAAAGGGAAAGGCAUGGCUAUUCAGAAAGACGAGCCGCCUAAGAAGAAACACAAGCCGGUGUCUGGCGAUCCCGCUUCACGUAAAUUGGUCGUCGAUGACCCAGAUGCCUCGGCGGUGAUGUUCUCGUGCGUCAACAAUGCUAACACGCGUCUUCCUCCUCCUGAGAAGCUGAGGAGACCAAGGUCUUAUGACGCGAUGGCACAGCGCGGCACCAAGUUUGUAGCGGCUAUCAACGAGCUGAUUGCUGAAUACGAGGCGGACCUGUCUAAGGUCGAACGUCGCCUGGACGAGGCUCAGAACGAGACCGCAGCGGCGAAGGGGAAGCUGGACGAGGCGAUGACCAGGGUGAAGAAGCUGGAAGAGGAGAAGAUAGCUCUUCGUGCUGACGUCGACAAGGUCAAGCGUGCGAAGAACGAAGCGAGGCGAGAGUUGACGGCUAAGUUUCAGGAACGCCCUGCCAAGGUGGAGGAGGGUCUAGCCAAGCUCGAGAAGGCUAAAACCGACGAGAACGAACUGGGGCAGAUCAAGGGCAACCUUGCUAUGAUCAAAGACCUGAGGAAUCCGGAUGGCCCGACACUUGACGACGAAGAGGCGAAGCUAAAAGGUUGGGAGAGCGAAUAA